CUCCCACAGCCCGGCCGUCCCGCCGGGACCCGCCGCCCGGGCCUGGCUCGGCCCCGCGUGGAGCGGCCGCGGCCUGUAAGGGUCAAAGCUUGUGAUUCUCGAUGGAGAGUGAAAGCACAGCUUCAUGAUGAGAACCAGCCCCCGUCGGCCACUGAUUCUCAAAAGACGGAGGCUGCCCCUUCCUGUUCAAAAUGCCCCGAGUGAAACACCAGAGGAAGAAGCAAAGAGACCCCCUGCCCAGCAGGAGACUACUCAAGCGCAGGCCUCCCAAGAGGUGGCAGAGUCCAGCUCUUGCAAAUUUCCAGCCGGAAUCAAGAUUAUCAACCACCCCACCAUGCCCAACACACAGGUGGUGGCUAUCCCCAACAACGCUGACAUCCAGAGCAUCAUCACAGCACUAACUGCCAAAGGGAAAGAGAGCGGCAGCAGUGGGCCCAACAAGUUCAUCCUCAUCAGCUCAGGGGGGUCCUCUCACCCAUCUCAACCUCAACCCCAAGCCCAAGCCAGCAGUGCUUCCAAGAGAACAGAAGUGAUCGCUGAGACACUGGGACCGAAGCCAGCAGCUAAGGGUGUGCCUGUUCCCAAGCCACCUGGAGCCCUUCCACGGCAAAGACUGGAAGGCUGUGCUGGCGGUGAAGCGGCAGGCUGCAUGCUGGACAACAGCUUAACCAAUAUCCAGUGGCUUGGAAAGAUGAGUUCUGACGGGCUAGGCCCCUGCAGCAUUAAGCAGGAACUGGAAGAGAAGGAGAAUUGUCACCUGGAGCAGAAUCGAGUUAAGACUGAGGAGCCCUCAGGAGCAUCAACAUCUUGGCCGGACUCUGUGUCUGAGAGGCCACCCUACUCUUAUAUGGCCAUGAUACAAUUCGCCAUCAACAGCACUGAAAGAAAGCGUAUGACUUUGAAGGAUAUCUACACUUGGAUUGAGGACCACUUCCCUUAUUUUAAGCACAUUGCCAAGCCAGGCUGGAAGAACUCUAUUCGUCACAACCUUUCUCUCCAUGACAUGUUUGUUCGAGAGACGUCUGCCAAUGGCAAGGUCUCCUUCUGGACCAUUCACCCAAGUGCCAAUCGUUACCUGACAUUGGACCAAGUGUUUAAGCCACUGGAACCAGGGUCUCCACAAUCGCCCGAGCACUUGGAAUCACAGCAGCAGAAACGACCCAAUCCUGAGCUCCGUAGAAAUGUGACCAUCAAAACUGAACUCCCACUAGGCGCACGGCGAAAGAUGAAGCCCCUGCUCCCGCGGGUUAGCUCGUACCUGGUGCCCAUCCAGUUCCCAGUGAACCAGUCCCUGGUGUUACAGCCCUCCGUGAAGGUUCCCUUGCCUCUGGCAGCGUCUCUUAUGAGCUCGGAGCUUGCCCGUCAUAGCAAGCGAGUCCGCAUUGCACCCAAGGUGCUGCUGUCCAGCGAAGGGAUAGCCCCGCUUCCUGCCACAGAACCAGUGAAGGAGGAGAAACCCCUGCUCGGGGAAGGGCUACUGCCUUUGCUUCCGAUUCAGUCCAUUAAGGAAGAAGAGAUCCAGCCUGGGGAGGACAUGCCCCUCUUGGAGAGGCCUAUCAAAGUGGAGAGCCCUCCCUUGGAAGAGUGGCCCUCUCCGUGUGCAUCCCUGAAGGAGGAACUCUCCAACUCCUGGGAAGAUUCUUCCUGCUCACCUACCCCAAAGCCCAAGAAGUCCUACUGUGGGCUCAAGUCCCCAACGCGGCGCGUCUCAGAAAUGCUGCUGACUAAGCGAAGAGAGAAGAGGGAGGUGAGCCGAGCCCGCAGGAAGCAGCAGCUGCAGCCUCCCUGUGCGGACGAGCCUGAGCUGCUCUUCUCAGACGACUCCAGCACAUGUCGGCCCGCCAUGGCGCUCCUGGCAGAGGCUGCAGAGCCUGCACCCCAGCUCAGCUGCCCUGAGGAGGAGGGAGGACCUUUCAAGACCCCCAUCAAGGAGGCAUUGCCUGUCUCUUCCACUCCUAGCAAGUCUGUGCUCUCCAGAGACCCCGAGUCCUGGAGGCUCACACCUCCAGCCAAAGUUGGGGGCUUAGAUUUCAGCCCAGUACGAACCCCCCAGGGGGCCUUUGGCCCUCUGCCUGACUCGCUGGGGCUGAUGGAGCUGAACACCACACCUCUGAAAAGCCUUCCCCUCUUUGACUCACCCCGGGAGCUGCUCAACUCAGAGCCCUUUGACCUUGCCUCUGACCCCUUCCGCAGCUCUCCACCACCACAUCUGGAAGGCCCCAAGCCUGGCUCCCCAGAGCCGCAGGCUCCCAGCCUUUCAGCCAACCGUUCUCUCACAGAAGGCCUUGUCCUGGACACAAUGAAUGAUAGCCUCAGCAAGAUCCUUCUAGACAUCAGUUUCCCUGGCCUGGAGGAGGACCCUCUGGGCCCUGACAACAUCAACUGGUCUCAGUUCAUCCCUGAGCUGCGGUAGAGGCAAGGUCUUGCCCUGCCUCUCAAGCCGCCUGCCAUCCUGGCACUUGUGUGGCUCAGCGUACUCCAAGCCGUCUGAAGGAAGCUAGCAGGCAAGCGCCAAGCCGUGCCCUUUGACCUAAUUAUGUCAAGAUGAUAGCCACAUCUAAGCCACUGCUGGGACCUGUGCAAGCAAUAGGACCUCCCAGAGUCAGUCCUCCACUCCCGGCUGGCAAGUGCAGUGGGUGUGACCAGUCUGAGGACCAGGAAGUGCCCAUUCAUCACCCGCUGCUCCUGGCGGGAGAACCCUUGUAAAUGGUGUCAGUUCCCCAAGUUGUCCUGUAAUUAUAAAUGUAAGCGUAUUUUCUUAGCUCAUUAUCCAGAGAUAGCCAGGAUGGGUAGGGUGACCGGGUUGCACACUGCUUCUGCUGUGGCCUUUGGGGAAAGCCCUGCAGUGCAUCUCUCCACACUUGUGGGUCUGCUAUAGGCUUCUAGACACAGGCUGCCGUGCCAGCACCCAGCUUACUGCCCUUUCCUCACAGCUCCCCAUGUCUCGGAGCCAGUGGUACUGCGUGAAGAAAUCCUGCUGUAAAAGCCUAUUGGGUUUGGGUGUGGAGGGAUGGGUGUGCCUGAAGCUAACACACGGUGCUCACAGAGUCCUGUUAGGUGUUUCUCUGAUAGUGUUCCCAAUCAUGCCAGGGAGUCAGCAUUGAGAUCUCAGGCCGCGGCCUGAGGAGGAGGAAGUGACCCCUGACGUGCCUGGCUUCCUUAGCUUGCACCUGAGCUUUGCAAAAAGCCCCCCUGGACCCCAUUCUCCAAGCUAGCCUAAGAACACUACUGUACCUACCUACUGAAUAAAGCCGGGUGGCACUGGUCUUGGAAUUGAA